AUGGUAGAACCUCAUCAAAUUUCUGAAUUGGGAGAUACUAAAGAAGUAGAACCUGUAGAGUUUACAUUUGCUCUGGCUUUUGAUCCAGAUUACCUAAAUGGCAUCACUCCCCCAUACCUGGUCUACUUGAAAUCUGAUUACUUGCCCUGUGUUGGAGUUCUGAUACACCCCCUUUGGGUGAUCACAGCUGCACACUGUAACUUACCAAAGCUUCAGGUGAUGUUGGGGAUUACAAAUCCAUCAAACGACAAUGAAAAGAAUAUACAAGUAGUUGGCCAUGUGAAGAUGAUCCAUCAUCCAUACUUCUCAAUCACUUCUAUUGAGCAUGACCUCAUGUUAAUCAAGCUGAGAGAAAGUGUUGAACUCAAUGACUAUGUGCAACUGGUCAACCUGCCUGAAGAACCUGUCCAUGAAGAAACCAUGUGCAUGGUCUCCACGUGGGCCUAUAACCUAUGUGAUGACUCCAAGGGGCCCGACUCACUGCAGAAUGUGAACAUCUCCAUAAUCUACAGGAGUGAGUGCCUCGAGGCCUAUAAAACUUACAGGAUCCAAGAAAGUAUGCUGUGCCUGGGCAUUGUUCCAGGAAGGAGGCUGCCCUGCAAGGAAGUCACAGCUGCCCCAGCAGUCUGCAAUGGGGUACUUCAAGGGAUAUUGACUUUUUUAGAUGGAUGUGUUUUGAGAGCUGAUGUUGGCAUCUAUACCAGAAUCUUUAAGUACAUGCCCUGGAUUAGAAAUACAAUGGACAACUACUGAGCUGCCAUAACAGGAAGUCUAGAUCAUGUGACACAGCCUGUCCCUAUGUCCAGCCUCACAAUGGAGCCUAAAUAGAUGCC